CCACGGACUCCAAGCUCGGCAGACAGCUCAUCCGAAACGGUCCUAGCAAACGACAUUCCUAAAAUAAAACAAAGAUGGCCAGUACUCUGUCUCGCGCUCUUCCCCGCCUCGUCUCAUCCCUACACACCACGCCCAUCCUCAGCCGCCCACGUCCUCACACGGCCCUCGCCAGGACCAUCACCAGCUUCCACGGGCUGCAGGGCCUCGCGCAGCCAUGGCGGGUACCGACGGAAGAAGCUCCUGAGCUGGUGGAGAGCGGGGGACUGGCGCUGCACUUGGAGGCCCUCCAGCGGUGGCACGACGAAGCUGAGCUCCUGCGGGAGGCGAGAGUCCUUCCUCCAGGCGUUGACGACCAGAUCAACCUCGAGGCAGAGACUCGAAGCCAAGUCAAAGACCUUAUGGAAACUCUGAUUGAGGAGGAAAUCUUGGACGUCCGUCGGGGUUGGGUCCUCGCCUCCAACUUUUAAUGUUUUCCAUAUUCCAUUCCCGACGCUAAUAUUCCAUGUCAGUGAACCUCCUUCGGCCUAGACUUUUCACUCUCAAGAAGGAAGCUGAACACAGCGUGCUGCUCAGGCCGCACCAAGGGUUCUCCCGCGAAGCCUCUGGCCACGAGCGACAACCAAAGCCUAAUUUGCCUUCCGCCUCGACGACGAAGGCAUUGUAGCACGACGAGGGAUCCAUUUCUUGGUCUCGCCUGUACCUUGUAUGUGUAGUUUUAGGACAUAAUGAUUGUAACUCUUUUCUGAGUUGCUGAUGUAAUGUUUAUUACUUUUGACAAGGGACAUUUCCCUCUAUAAUGUUUAUGUUGUUAGGACUGCAACCUAUGUUUAAAGAUAACAGGGUUGUUAAAUGAUGAUCUGUUUUUAUACUUAUAUGACUGCGAUUCUGUCGUUUUUGACAAUUUGAUCAAUAAAAUACUUACAUGUUUA